AUGGAAUUAAUGAAUAAGGGAACAUCAUUAAACAGGGGUAAUGCCAAGGGUAUCACUUUCAAGCAAGGAAAUUAUGCACAAGCAUUGGUGUAUUUAGCAAGUAAAGGGAAUUUUAACAGAUAAACAAUAGCGAUGAAAAUACUUUAUUGAUUUGUUUGAUUUACUUUCAAACAUGACCAAAACCUUUAUUAAAAGCCAUACUAACUAGUUUUUAGGGCUAACUUAAGAACUCAAAAGAGAUUAGCGGCAUCAGUUGUUGGGGUUGGAGCCAGAAAAAUUUGGCUUGAUCCAAAUGAAACCUCUGAAAUUGCUAACGCAAAUUCAAGAGCUUCAAUUAGAAAAUUAGUUAAAAAUGGUACUAUCGUUAGAAAACCAGAUACUAUGCAUUCAAGAUCAAGAGCCAGAGCUCUCAAAGAGUCAAAAGCUGCAGGUAGACACGUAGGUUAUGGUAAAAGAAAAGGUACUGCUAAUGCUAGAAUGCCAUCAGCAACCAUUUGGAUGAGAAGAUUAAGAGUUUUAAGAAGAUUAUUAGCUAAAUACAGAGAUGCUGGUAAAAUUGACAAACACCUUUAUCAUGGAUUAUAUAAAUCCGCUAAAGGUAAUGCUUUUAAACACAAGAGAUCAUUGGUUGAACAUAUCAUUGCUGCCAAAGCUGAAGCUUUAAGAGAAAAAUCUCUUAAAGAAGAAGCGGAAGCAAGAAGACAAAAGAAUAAAGAAGCAAGAGCCAGACGUGCACAAAGAGUCGCUGAAAAACAAGCUGCUUUCUUAGCAGAUGAAAAUUAA